AUGAAAGAGUACGGCGCCGCGGGGCCGGGCGCAGGCGCCCCCGGGCCGCCCAGGAAGCGGGGUCUAUCAAAUGCAAAAGUGUCUGGGUCUGGAACAGUGGAACUUGUGGUGCGUGUCUUGCAUUCCUGGAAAAUCUGUGUUGCAUGAGCAGCAAAAGAGGAGCUUGCUUUGUCUUGCAAAAACGCAAUUUGUAAUGCGUAGUAGGCAUCACCAUCAGCAGGCCUCUCCAGAACUUGUCAUGCCUGGCUGCCAUUACAAGCGCUUCAAUCAUGCUCAAUUCAGCAUCACAGAUUUCCAGACCCAGACAUAUUUGCAGUGCAUAGGGUCCGGACGUGAACAAGCUGAUUCCGAUCGUUUUCAUUCUCUCGCUAUCAAAUGCAAAUAUGUCUGGGUCCUCUGGAAGAUUGCUACAUUUGUCUUGCAUGUCUGACAUGACUCAAGAAUCUGUGAUGCAUGGGCACGAAGCGGUCCUGUUACCUGUCGCGCAAAAACGCAGUUUGCCAUGCGGAACACGCAACACAUAAGAGCCCAAAGAUUUGUCAUGCUUGGCAUCGUAUUGCAGUGGAACUCUCAUCCACUUUUGGCAUUACAAGCUUCCAGACUCAGACAUAUUUGCAAUGCAUACUCGCUUGUCACCUACCUUGCCAGCAGCUACGUCACACUACACCUGGUGCCGCGGCUUGGAAACGCGGAGAAGGAUGUAUCACAAGGAAAAAUCCCCCCUCCCCAUAUCAAACGGAAGUUUCUGAUGCUGGAUUUGCGUAUACAGAUCAGGUCUGUCUUGCAGUAGGGGGCUGCAGGCUCCUGCCAAGCCUGAGUAGAGAGGAUUUGGCCUAGGCGCUUAGCAUGAGAAACGUCUAUGCUGUAGGCCCGACAGCAUCACAAACCGCCUGCAUAAUGCGGCAGAGCCUGUGGAGUUGUCUUCUUGCAAGACAGACGUGAUUUGUGGUCUCAAAUCAGCAAGACAAAUUUUGGGAGACAUACCUUUUCGAUAUGGGGAGGGGGGAUUUUUCCUCUCAAUAGGAUGUGCAGCAGGAAGGUAAUUACUUGCAGUUCGUUUUCGAGGAUUUUUUGUUCGAGCGGUUCUCUUGUUUAUUUCCACGACCGUUGAAUUUAUCGAUGGGUUUUAACUAUUCAGGUUAUUUUUUCUUGUGCAUGCUGGCGGCUAAGUGGAUGUCGAUUUUUGCUGCAAUUUGUGCCUGCAGCAUGGCUCACGAUUGAUGAUCAUGUAAUCGCAUAAGUCGUAACAGCAGUAGCUAACUAAGUAGCUUGUAAUUCAAGCAGCUGAGUAUAAUAUCAAUGGAAAUAAACGCGUCCUGAGGUAUUAUCCUGACCUCGCUUUUCGGUUUCUUCACCCUGCAGCUUUUGUACUGCUACUACCUGUGUAUAUUUACGGACCCUGGCGGCAUUCCGGACACGGCCCUCUGGGGGCAUUUUUACGAGAACAAGGGAGACGAGGUGCGGAAGGUGGUCUUUGAAACCAAGAAGGACGGGGAGCUGCGGCACUGCAAAUGGUGCACCAAGUACAAGCCGGAUCGCGCGCACCACUGCCGGGUGCUGGGCCGGUGCGUGCUCCGCAUGGACCACCACUGCCCGUGGGUCUACAAUACCAUCGGGUACGGCAACCACAAGUACUUCUACCUCCUCCUCUUUAAUUCCUCUGCGGUUUUGUGGCUCAUCGCUUUGACGUUUUGGGAGACGGUGCGGGACUACCUCGAGGACGACACGGUGAACGACCAGGGCUUGAAAGUCUUCGUUGCGCUCUACGCGGAGUCGCUGGCGGUGUUCGUGGCGGGGAUUGUGACCUCGUUUUUCCUGUUUCACACCUUUCUGGUUUGCAAAAACAUGACCACCAUUGAGUUCUGCGAGAAGCACAACCAUAUCAAAUUCGCAAAGAUCAUUGUGUCAACAUCUGAGAGGUGGUCCUCUGGAAGAAUGCAAGAACUUGCCAUGCUAUCUUUGAUGAACUCGAAAAAAACCUGUAUUGCAUGAGCAGCAACUGCAGGAGUGCAGUUUUUGCUGCGCGAAGCGAGCACUUGUUCUCAUCCGGGGUAGGCAUCAAAGAGCUAGAGCUCCAAAAAAUCUGUUAUGCGAGGACAUACAUCACAGACAUCAUUGGUCAUGCAAAACGUGCAUGACAAUGACAACCUAGCGCAGCACAACUCGUCCUGAUCCAGACUAGACACAUUUGCAGUUGAUAAACAAGAGGAGCGACCGACCGGAUGUGGACACCGGGGCCAGCGAGCUGUUCUCGGGGCAGUACUCGAAUAAGCGGGAGCGAGGUGGUGGCGCGUCCUUACCCGAGGAUCCGGGCCUACUUGCGGACAAGGGUCACAAAUUCGACAUCGGUGUGUACAACAAUUUGUGCGCCACCCUCGGGAACAACCCGCUUCUGUGGUUCGUGCCCUUCGUUCCGCCGCCCGGGGAUGGCGUGGCUUACCAGGUACCGGGGUGGUACGUUGAAGCGGUCGGGAGACUUUGAAAUGUAUGUAGAAGCGGUCGGGAGACUUUGACUAAUUAAGUACUGUGGUUUUGGUUUUGCAGUGGAAAUCAUCCGGUGGAAGCAAAAAGCCCCGGAAAGUAAAUGACGAAAGUUCUUUUCUUUUCCAUUUUACUACUUCGAACGAACAAAAGGAAAAAAGCUGUGGAAAAUGAAUUCGCGAAAAAUCUUUACGUUCACCCGGGGGCGGUAUGAUACCGUAUCACCGUUGCAUCUUCGCGUCCGAGAAUACACUCUUUCUCCGUCGUGAAUAUUUUUGCUGAAGAACUCUGAAACUCGGUCAACACCGUGAAUUUGUCGUUUGAAGUACUACUGUUGUGAGCAUUUGAUUUAUCUCGGGC